CGGUUACAGGAAUACCCAGACUAUUUACUUGCCGCUGUCUUUCGAUGAUAUGAAAAAAAUUCGGAUUUGAUUUUGGCGAAUUUUAUACAAAAUUAUUCACCGCCUCCGAAAAUGGACAAUGAUCAGUGCGCUGUGCCUCGGCUGCCGGUGGAUGGCGAGUCUAUUCGGUUCAAUGACUGGAACAUUAGCUACGAAAAGUCGCACAUAUUGAAGAGCAUCUGCAAGAAGGGCAGCACCGGAUGCUGCGACAAGGACGAUGCCAAUCGCUGUGAGCUCUGCCACUACCAAUACUCGCUGGAUCUGCCCCACCUGCCCGACAUGGUGUUCCACAAAAACAAGCUGGUGGUGCAGCACAAGGAUGGCGCCUUAAUGGAAUUCAAGCCCAUGGAUGCUCUGGCCCUGGUCGACAAUGGCAAACAGCCCCAGCCGCUGGAGGUGGCCUGUGCCCAGGAAUGGCGCCACACUCGUCCGGAGCAGACCAUGGAGGAGAAGUUCAAGCCGUUCGACUGGACAUUCACGUCCACCUAUCAGGGCACCAUGAACGAGAAGAUUCGCUCGGAGAGCACAGAUAUGACCCUCAAUAAAUUCAAGUUAAUGCAGCGCGAGAAUAUCAUUUUCUACACAGAUCUAACACUGUUCGAGGAUGAGCUACACGAUCACGGCAUCUCGGUGAUGAGUGUGCGCAUUCGCGUUAUGCCCUCUGGUUUCUUCAUACUUCUACGUCACUUCCUGCGCGUCGACGAUGUGGUUAUGCGCAUGUACGAUACGCGCUUUCAUUAUGAAAUCGAAAACGAUUACAUCCUCAAGGAGUAUGUGCAUCGCGAGGCUCCGUGCUCCAAGCUGCAGAGCUCGUUGGCCUUCUGGACCAAUCCGGAUGAGAUGCAGAACUACCUGCCAGUGCUCUCCAAGCAGAUGCACAAGUUGUCCUUCAAAUAGCCCCACAUACCACACCAUCAACACACCAUCCAUGCUAGCAACCACACCACAUGCACACAAGAUAUUCAAAUUGUAUUGUUUCUAGUUUAUUUCAACAUUGACGCUAAGACCUGUGCUAUGUGCGAUUAAAUAUUUCCAUAAUUAUGCGCAUGUGCGCAGACAUUAAAAGCGCUUCCCCUAGAAGGUACACUA